UGGCUACAAAUCACAAUUGAGAUGACAUCAUUUUACUUUCACAUAUUCUCUCUUUAACUCCUCUCACUAUCUUCUUCUUUCUAAAAGCUACUUUUUCUGUUGCAAUACAUAUAUAUUUUUCAAAAAUGAAGAUGAAAGAAAUACCAACUCUUCCUCAAGACAUCAUCAUUGAAAUUCUCAUCAGGUUACCUCUCAAAACUCUCUUGAAAUUCAGGUCUGUUUCCAAAUCAUGGCUUUAUUUACUCUCAGAUGCACAAUUCCAUAAAACCCAUAUCAGUUUUUCUACGAACAAUCCCAAAUUUACCGACUACACCCUUGCUGCUAUACCCACUCUUUCUGGUUUGGGCAAAAUUUGUCAUGUCUACACUAUAAGCUCUGAAAAUUCAUCUGUUAUUGUGUCUAAACAUGGGUGUCCUUCUAAGACUCUGUCUCUCUCGGCUUGGAUUUUGGGGUCUUGUAAUGGGUUAAUUUGCUUAACUUCUGAUUCCUUUAAUUUAAUGUUAUUGAACCCGUGUACUGGAAAGUUUAGUUUAUUUCCUGAUUUGAUGAUUGAGUAUGAAGUUGGUGAUGGUGGUGUGCAUAUUCGAUAUGGGUUUGGUUAUGACGCAUCUACGGAUGAUUAUAAGGUUGUUAAGAUGUUUAGUUUUCCUCGAAUCGAUAAUGAGGGAAGACAUGUUAAUAUGGUUAGUGUUUAUAGCUUAAAGGGUAGUUCUUGGUCAAGUAUUCAGGGUUUUGAUAGUGGUCAUGUAAAUGGAAAUGUUGCUGUGUUUGCCAAUGGGGUUCUUCAUUGGGAAGGAUGUUAUGAUUAUGUUUCGGGUGGUGUUUCGUCGGAGAUUGUUACGUUGGAUUUGGCUAAAGAGAGAUAUGGGAGGAUAGCUCUGCCUAGGUAUGAAGGUGGAGGUAUUCAUUGGACAUUAGGUGAAUCGAGAGGGCGUUUAGUUGCUUGUUGCAAUUAUGAAUCAGAUAAGGCAGAUAUGUGGGUGUUGAAGGAAUAUGGUGUAGAGAAAACAUGGACUAAAGUGGUUACCAUUUCAUCACCGGAUGAUCGUAGAGUUAGUAUCUCGCCGUUGUUUGUGGCAGAGAAUGGUGAUGAGGUUCUGGUGAAGCUUGGCACAGAGGUGACACUGUACAAUUCAAGGAAUGCAUCAUUCAAGCGAAUUGCCGAUUAUGUGUCUAUGGAUGAUUUUCUUCAAGUUCAAGUGACUACCUACUUAGAGAGCCUUGCUUCACCUCAUAUUUAGUGACCUGAUGGUAAAUGAUCUCCCUGAUUGCCAGGUGCUCUGUUUUCGAAUUUGUUGAUAAUUUGUGUCAUGUCAUUGCCUUUUUGUAUAUUUUCAUAUCUUGUACAGGUGCUAUAAAUAUCAUGUUCAAUUGGAGUUCUAUGUUUGUAUACAACUCAUAUCUUGCAUCAUGUUGUUACGCAAUCCUUGAAUCCACUAAAGAUCAUCAAUGUCGAAUAGACGAGAUUUGAGUGAUGAA